CGGCAGUGGGGACGGUAACAGCACGUUAAGGUUCCUUUCCUUACAUGUAUCUUGGCCAUUUAUGAAGAGGUAAAGAUCAUUAAUUAGCUGGAUUUCAAAAAAAAAUAAACCAAAUAAUUCUAUUUAAUUCUUAUCAGAGGUUGGUUGAUAAAAACUGUGCAGGCCACAAUGACUUCAGCAAGUAAAGCAAUUGAAUUACAACUACAAGUGAAACAAAAUGCAGAAGAGUUACAAGACUUUAUGAGGGAUUUAGAAAACUGGGAAAAAGAUAUUAAACAAAAGGAUAUGGAACUUAGAAGACAGAGUGGUGUUCCUGAAGAGAAUUUACCUCCUAUUCGAAAUGGGAAUCUUAGGAAAAAGAAGAAAGGCAAAGUUAAAGAGUCAUCUAAAAAAACCAAAGAUGAAAACACAAAAAACAGGAUAAAAUCUUACGAUUAUGAGGCAUGGGCAAAACUUGAUGUGGACAGUAUCCUUGAUGAGCUUGACAAAGAAGAGAGUACCCAUGAUUCUGUGUCGCAAGAAUCGGAGUCAGAAGAAGAUGGGAUUCAUGUAGAUUCACAAAAGGCUCUUGCUCUAAAAGAAAAGGGUAAUAAACACUUCAAACAAGGAAAAUAUGAUGAAGCGAUCGAAUGCUACACCAAAGGCAUGAGUGCUGACCCAUAUAACCCUGUGUUGCCAACAAACAGAGCAUCAGCGUACUUUAGACUGAAAAAAUUUGCUGUUGCUGAGUCUGAUUGUAAUUUAGCAAUUGCCUUGAAUAGAAGUUAUACAAAGGCUUAUGCAAGACGAGGUGCUGCUCGAUUUGCUUUGCAAAAAUUAGAGGAUGCCAAAAAAGAUUAUGAAAAAGUAUUAGAACUGGAACCCAAUAACUUUGAAGCUACAAAUGAACUCAGGAAAAUUAAUCAGGCUUUAACUUCCAAAGAAAACUCAUAUCCAGAGGAAGCUGAUACAAUGAUUAAGUCAGCUGAAGGAGAGAAAAAACAAAUUGAAGAGCGACAGAAUAAACAGCAGGCCAUUUCAGAGAAAGAUCGGGGGAAUGCAUUUUUCAAAGAGGGGAAAUAUGAAAGAGCAAUCGAAUGCUAUACUCGAGGGAUAGCAGCAGAUGGCGCUAAUGCCCUUCUUCCGGCUAACAGAGCAAUGGCCUAUCUGAAGAUUCAGAAGUAUGAAGAGGCUGAAAAAGACUGCACACAAGCUAUUUUAUUAGAUGGCUCGUAUUCGAAAGCCUUUGCCAGGAGGGGAACUGCAAGAACAUUUUUGGGAAAGCUUAAUGAGGCCAAACAAGAUUUUGAAACUGUUUUACUUCUGGAACCUGGAAAUAAGCAGGCAGUGACUGAACUUUCCAAAAUUAAAAAGGAAUUAAUUGAGAAAGGACACUGGGAUGAUGUCUUUCUUGAUUCUACUCAAAGGCAAAACGUGAUAAAACCCAUUGAUAAUCCACCUCAUCUUGGAUCAACUAAACCACUCAAGAAGCUUAUUAUCGAAGAAACUGGUAAUUUGAUGCAGACUGUUGAUGUACCAGAUAGCACUACUGCUGCUGCUGCUCCAGAGCGUAAUCCUAUUAAUCCAGCAAAGGUAACAGCAACCACUGGCACGAGUAAGAAGAACUCAAGCCAGGAUGACCUUCUGCCCACAAGUGAUAUCCCAAAAGCAAAAGUAUUGAAAAUAGAAGAAAUCAGUGAUACUUCAGCUCUGCAACCUGAAGUCAAUUUGAAAAAGGAUGUAUGUCGGACUUUCAGUGAGAAGAUUUCUAUAGAGGUAGACAAAACACCUGCUCAGUUUAUCAGGACUGCUCUUCCUCCAGUUCCUGCAAACUCAUUUCAGCUUGAAUCUGAUUUCAGACAACUGAAAAAUUCUCCAGAUAUGUUGUAUCAAUAUUUGAAGCAAAUUGAACCAUCCUUGUAUCCCAAGCUGUUUCAGAAAAAUCUAGAUCCAGAUGUAUUCAACCAUAUCAUUAAAAUUCUGCAUGACUUUUACAUUGAGAAAGAAAAGCCAUCACUCAUCUUUGAAAUCUUACAAAGACUUUCUGAACUAAGAAGGUUUGAUAUGGCAGUGAUGUUUAUGUCAGAAUCUGAGAAGAAAAUUGCACGUGUAUUAUUCAAUCACAUAGACAAAUCAGGAUUGAAUGAUAAUUCUGUUGAAGAACUCAAGAAAAGAUAUGGUGGUUGAUUUCCAUUUUUACUGAAAUUAUUGCCUUUGGAUUUCAUAUAUAAAUUUUUUUCUACUGAAAAUAAAAUGUUUUGCUUUUUAAGAAAAUGAUAUACAGGAAAAGUACCGUUUUUGGAUGUAAGCUAAUUAAAUAUAAAGUGAAUUGUGAUUUAACUAGUGAGAAAUAUACUUAAGUGAACUAUUUAUAAGUUUUUUUCUGAAAAUAAAAAUAUAAAUAAUGAGGUAUACUUGUAAAGA